UGUAUUAAUUUAGGAAAUUCAUUAAUCUUUAUAUCAUUAUUUAUUUAUAUAGAAAAUAUUCAAUAAUAUUCUUCAUGAUAGCACAAAUAUAAAUGAGUAUACCAAAUCGACCUGCACCUCCCCCUCCAUCAAGACCAGGUCAUGUCCAGGUGGUAAAAGCCAUAUAUGCUUACAGUGCUACAAGAGGGGAUGAAUUAUCUUUUGAGGAAGGUGAUCUGCUUUAUAUAAUUGAUAAGACCCAAUCGAACGGGUGGUGGAAAGCUCGUGUUGGAAAUAAAACUGGUCUUAUACCAAGCAAUUAUGUUGACGAAAAUACUGAGUCGAUUGACAAUCCUUUACAUGAAGCUGCUAAACGAGGCAAUGUUGAUUUUUUAAAUGAAUGUCUAAAUAACAAGGUUUCAAUUAAUGGUUUAGACAAAUCUGGCUCAACUGCUCUUCAUUGGGCAGCAUCAGGGGGUCACAUGGCUUGUGCAGUUGCUUUGUUAAAUGAACCAAAUAUUUCACUAGAUGUUCAGAACAAACUAGGUGACACAGCUUUGCACAAUGCUUCUUGGAAAGGUCAUACAGAUAUUGUUGAGGCACUUAUUGAAAGAGGAGCAAAUACAAGUAUAAAGAAUAACGAAAAAAAAACUGCAUAUGACUUAGCAAGAAAACCAGAAGUGGCAAAGCUCCUAAAAAGUUCUUCAAUUUCUAAUGCUGAAGACUACGGUGCUGACGACGAUGAAGAUGAUGAAUAACGAAAUAUUAUGUCGCCGUAAACCUGACCAAACGACGUCUUUGGCGGUAAUAUUAAAGACUACGGUGAAAACAAGAAUAAAUAUGAAGAAUAAUUAUUUCGACAAAAAGUUAUAUAUUUUGAUAUGAUUUGAUUUCUUUAUUUUUA